AGUUUAACAAUUGAUGUUAGUGGAAAUCAUAUAAUUCUGUUACUUCAAUUUCCACUUAUGCUAAGAAAUCUAAUUAUCAUUUAUUCAAAUCCGCAAGAAUAUUGAGAACGUCAGAUCGAUCUCGUGAGUACUACGUAUACAACCGGAGCAGUAAAGGAGAAAGUUCCUACUAGUGAAAGUCAAAGGCAUCUUAGUUUAGUAGUAUUAGAGAAAUGAGCAGGAAAUUCGCUUUUCGAGAAAUUUUUUAAUGAUGUUAUAUUGUGCUAUGUUUUAAAUCAAAGUGUGAAAAAUGAUUAUAAUAUGCGGAUGUCUUGUUAUAAUCAUAGCUACUGCUAUUGCAAUAGUGAGAUCAAAAAAACCAAUGGAUUUGAUAAUGGCAGAGGCGAAAUAUGAAAUGAUGUACAAUGCAAUGGGUUCUCGCGCCCUUUUACAAGAUUGGAUGAUGCGUAAGGACAACAAAACAGAUUUAUUGCCACAGCCUGGUAAAAUAGCCGUUAUAACAGGUGGUGCCAGAGGGAUUGGAGCUGAAGUUGUUAAAAUGCUUAUGAAAUGUGAUAUUACAGUUGUUAUUGGAUGUAGAAAUGUUCAAGCAGCCGAGAUGAUGCUCAAGAAGUACAGAGAUGAAGGACUAGACAAAGGGGAUAUUGAUGCAUUUCAGUUAGACAUAAGUUAUUUAGAUUCUGUUAGGAAUUUCGCCGCCACAGUCACGGAAAAAUAUCCUAAAAUUAAUUAUUUAAUCAAUAACGCUGGGAUAAUGUUUGGACCACGUAUAGAAACAAGAGAUGGAUAUGAAUCACAAUUUGCAACAAACUAUUUAGGUCAUUUUCUCCUGACUCACUUAUUAUUUGACUCCCUCAAAAAAGCAGGAGAUGCAAAAUGCAACAGCAGGAUUGUGAAUGUUUCUUCAUGUGCACAUUUAGCAGGUGCAAUUAAUUUCGAUGAUAUCAAUUAUCGAUCAAGAUAUAUCACCUCAGAAGCUUAUGCACAAUCAAAAUUGGCACAAAUACUUUUUACUAAUUAUCUUUACACGUUAUGCAAAAACGAAGGACAUCACAUACAAUUGCAUUCUAUACAUCCUGGCAUUGUGAACACUGAACUUUUUGAUGGUACAAAUUUGAAGAAUCUGGCACCUUGGCUACCAAAUUUGAUGUUCAAGAAUCCUGAACAAGGAGCUAUACCAAUUGUGCAUGCUUGCCUAUCACCAGAAUUAGAAGGAAAAGGUGGCACCUACAUUCAUAAUUGUAGAAUUUUUCCAACCAGUGAAUUAGCACAAGAUGAAGAACUGCAAAAAAAAUUAUUCGAUUUCACAAAAACAUUGAUCGGAAUUGAACAUUUUGGGGUAACUACGUAACGAUGGGGGAGCAAUUAAGCUCGUUUUUUAAAUAUCCAUAAAAUUCAUGUAAAAACGCCAAAGUCAAUUUUCCUUGGAAUAAAUACAACUCACAGACUUUCAA